AUGCCCAUUCCGGGCGGAAGAUACACUGGAGUAGUGAAUGAUCAGAAAUCAACGUUAAACAUCCCAUUUUGCCUUGCUCCAGUUAAGGAGUUCAGGCCUCAAGUUCUUACUAUACUGGAUCCCGCUACGUGUUCUUCAAUUGAUGUGAAAUUACAAGAACAAGGGAGAAAAACAUCCACGGUAUGCUGUGCUCUACCAGAGACAGCUGCCUCUGUGGCAGUUGCUGCCACAGUUGUGGGUGCAGCAGCUACCCUUCUAGCGAGAAGAAACAAAUCAUCCAAGGCAGAUGAGAUUCCGCUCAAAACAUGUGAAGAUUGCAGUGGUUCUGGUAUAUGUUCUGAAUGCAAUGGUGAAGGAUUUGUCCUUAAAAAACUGUCAGAAAAGAGUGCUGAGAGAGCAAGGAUGAGUGCAAAGAAUAUGGCCACUCGAUAUACAGCAGGGCUUCCAAAGAAGUGGAGCUACUGUACGAAGUGCUCUUCUGCCCGAUCUUGUAGCACUUGUGGUGGCAGUGGAAAGUUGAGCUACUAG